GAGGAUCCGGCAAGAUGGCAGAAGCAGAGCAGAAGAAGAAGCGGACCUUCCCCAAGUUCACCUACCGCGGCGUGGACCUGGACCAGCUGCUAGACAUGUCCUACGAGGAGCUGAUGCAGCUGUACAGUGCGCGCCAGCGGAGCCGGCUGAAUCGGGGCCUGCGGCGGAAGCAGCACUGCCUGCUGAAGCGCCUGCGCAAGGCCAAGAAGGAGGCACCGCCCAUGGAGAAGCCGGAAGUGGUGAAGACGCACCUGCGGGACAUGAUCAUCCAGCCCGAGAUGGUAGGCAGCAUGGUGGGCGUCUACAACGGCAAUACCUUCAACCAGGUGGAGAUCAAGCCCGAGAUGAUUGGCCACUACCUGGGCGAGUUCUCCAUCAUCUACAAGCCCGUAAAGCAAUGCCGGCCCGGCAUCAGGGCCACCCACUCCUCCCGCUUCAUCCCUCUCAAGUAGUGGCUCAGCUAAUAAAGGCGCACAUGGUUCCAAAAAAA